AUGAUAAAGUCUACGCUCCGCCCGGCACCGGCCCAGCUCCAAAACCCCGAGAGCUUUCAGCUCGAACUUCAAAACCGGUUCGAAUGCCUAGCUAGCGACCUGGACGAUUACAACGACGGGUUUGUGGAAGCUGUUCAUACGGUCGGGUCCAAGUUCUUCAAGACUCGUCGUACAAGAACCAAGAAACUCUCGGACUCCACUCUCAAGCUCAUGGAGGUGAGGCGUGAGAUGAUUCUGCAGUCGUCAGGUGACGUUUGUCGUUAUAGGCAGCUCAACAGACGGAUCUCGAAGUCUCUGAAGCGAGAUAUACGCCGAUUCAAUACUAACAGUAUUGAAGAGGCUAUCAAGCGCAACAGAGGCUCGAAGGUGUUUGCCAGAGAUCUGUCUAUUGGCCAAAGCCAACUGACAAAACUGAAGACCGACGACGGCAGGAUCAUCUCAUCCAAACCUGAGCUCUUGGGAGAAGUCGAGAAGUUCUAUGGACAGUUAUACACAACAACCCGAGCACCCGUCGUGGAUCUAGCUAGAGACCCUAGAGCUAGACUAACUCGACACUAUACCGAAGAUAUCCCGGACGUCAGAAAAACGCCGCAAGCGUGGAACAGAAGUGUGGUGGUGCUCUUCUUCAAAAAAGGUGAUAACACCUUGCUGAAGAAUUAUAGACCCAUCUCACUUCUGAGCCAUGUCUACAAGCUGUUUUCGAGAGUCAUCACGAACCGUCUCGCACGCAGGUUUGACGACUUCCAGCCUCCCGAACAAGCAGGUUUCCGUAAAGGCUAUAGUACCGUAGACCACAUACAUGCGUUGCGGCAGGUUAUACAGAAGACUGAGGAAUAUAACCUCCCCCUUUGCCUUGCAUUUGUGGACUACGAGAAAGCCUUCGAUUCGAUCGAGACUUGGGCUGUGCUGCAGUCUCUCCAAAGGUGCCAAAUCGACUACCGGUAUAUCGAAGUGCUGAAGUGU